UGUACAGAAAUAAAAGCCCUAAUUUCCUUCCCAUUUCUCCCUCUUCUUCCUUCUCUCUCCACCGUCCAAUCUCUCUCUUCCAGCUCCCCCUAUGGCGACGGCCGGCGAUGGAAAUCCUCCCUACGAAACCACCGGAGCCGGAGGCAAGUUCCGCAAGCGACCUCUCCGCCGUAGUGUUCCAGCCACACCCUAUGCACGCCCUCCGUCAGCGGCCAGAAACCACAACCCUAGCAUGCUCAAAAAGCUCGUUGUUGAACCAGCUUCUAGACUCAUUUACGCCGGUGCUCAUAGGCUGUUUGAUGUUUUCCGCAAGCGUCCUCUUGUUCAAUCCUUAGGGCCUCCAGAGAUUAAUAAAGAGCCCCAGAAUGUUCUUCAGAACGAAGGGGGAAAUGUUAAUUCUGCUAGCGUGUCUGCUGCCACUGGGAUAUCAGAGCUUGAAUCAUUGUUGCAACAAAAAACCUUUACUAGGUCUGAAAUCGAACGUUUGACUUCAGUAUUGCAUUCAAAAACCACCGAGUCACCUUCCAAUGACUCACUGGAAAAACGUGGAGCUAAGCGAGAUAACUUUCAUGCUGCUAUCUCAACUCCCAUCGGUACUUCAGGAGUGCUCAAGGAGGAAACUGCUUCACCUGCUGAGCUGGCAAAGCAUUACAUGGGAUCUAGACAAGACUCGAAGUUGCUUCCAAGAACACCAAUCACAGCAGUGGCUCAAAAGACCGCAAACAGUUUAGGGAAUCUUGAAAAUGGUUUUGCGACACCAAGAUCUCGAGGCAGAUCUGCAAUGUACACCAUGGCUCGCGCACCGUAUUCUAGAAGUCCUUUAAGUUUUAGCCAACAGGGAAUCAAGUCAGAUUAUGGUCAUGAUGCUGCAUUGACAUCUUCUCAAGGGCAUGAAGGGAAAAUGGCACUAAAACGUAGGAGUUCUGUACUAGAUGAUGAUAUCGGGUCUGGUGGGCCGCUUCGUAGGAUUCGGCAGAAAGCUAAUCUUUUGUCACAAAGAGAGAAGAAAGAACUUGGGUACACCACUUUUCAACAACCGGAGGAUUCGGGCCAGUAUCUGCUUUUAACAAACGCAUCUGAACCAAGAGGCUCAGACUACGCUUCUGUUCCAACAAAAGCCACCCAAACAGCCAACAAAAUAUUGCAACACCUCGACAAACCAAACUCAAUAGAAAACAAAUCACUCUCAACACUUGCUGGAAUGAACGAGAAAACGCCAAAUAAACUAAGGUUAGAUAUGCUUCACGGUCAAGCUCUUAGAAGCUUGGAGAAAGCGGAUUCACCUAAAUUGGAUUCAAGCUUUCGUGAUAUUCAGAAACCGGUGGUAUCAGAGUUGACUUUGCAAAGUAAAAGUAAAGACAAGACUGAAGAAAAUGGUUUAAGGAAGUCUACUGUAUCUAGUAACGUGUUGACUUUGGUCAAUGGUGAUAAUGAUAUGCCAGAUACUUUGAAAAACAAAGCACCGGUUGUUGAAUUUACUUAUUUACCUUCGAAUACAGAAGAGCCUCAAAAGAAACAUGCUUUUCAGAUGAGUGCACCUGAGGAUUACUUUGAGAUAGAUGAUGACGAGGAUGAUGUUCAUGAUAACGGGCAUGUGUCGUUGCCAUUGGUGGAAAAUAAUAAACCCGAGACCUCUGCUGCUGACAUCAUCAAAACCCCUACACUAGUUGAAGUUUCCAAAACUUCUGAAUUAGUCGAGUAUAAUAAAGCCGUGUUUCCUGCGGCUUCUAAAGUUCCAGAACAGGUUGAGUUAAAAGAAGCUGAAAAUGAUAAUAAACCUAUUUCAUCUCCGUUGUCUCCAUCAGUUACAACGACACAGACAAGUGUGCUUACAAACUCAACUUCACAACAGGAAAACGUUGCUUCGGUAAAGGUGUCGCCAUUCGCGUUUUCUGCUAAUGAACCUUCAGAAUUCAAACCAAAUGCUGGUUCAGAUCCGAAAGAAAUCGUCCCCGUCAGCGUGUUCAAUUCAGUUACAAAGAAUGAUCAUGUAAAAGUUUCAGUUUUCAACAAGGAUGAAAAUAAAAUGUUUGGGAAAUCGGAGUCUUUAUCCGCUGCUGUUUCUGCAGCCACAUCAACAGAUGGUAUAUUCGCGUUUGGCGCAUCCAACAAGAACUUAAGUAGCCUCGACACAACACCUGCUUCAAACCCUCCUACUUUUCCUUCGGUGGCUCCUUUUUCAGCUUCCGUAAGUACCACCGCCAUGGCUCCCUUAUCAACCACCACUACUACCCCUGCUGUUAGUUUCUCGACUUCUGUGUCACCUCAAGUUUUCAGUUUUGGGUCUGUUACUUCAACAGCACCAAGCACUUCAGUGGUGGAAACUGGGAACACCAGCACCAGCUCGCCUUUUGCUAUCACAACAUUUGCCACCACCACCACCACCACCGAAAGUGGCCUCUUUGGCUUCGGUUCUUCGGCAGCGGCUACGUCCACUACCACCACCGGAAGUGGUCUCUUUGGCUUCAGUUCUCCAACAGCAGCUACUUCCACCGCCACUACCACCACCACAGGAAAUGGUCCUUUUGGCUUCAGUUCUGCAGCCGCAGCAGAAGCUACUUCAACAGCCACAACCACCACCACCGCCACAGGAAAUGGUCUCUUUGGCUUCAGUUCUCCGGCAGCAGCUACUUCAACAACCACCACCACCACAGGAAAUGGUCUCUUUGGCUUUAGUUCUCCUGCAGCAGCUACUACAACCACCACGGCGAGCGGUCUCUUUGGCUUCAGUUCUCCAGCGGCAGCUACUUCAACCACCGCCACCACCACCGGAAGUGGUCUCUUUGGGUUCAGCUCUCCAGCGGCAACUACUUCAACCACCAUCACCACCAACACCACCGGAGGUGGUCUCUUUGGCUUCAGCUCUCCGGCAGCAGCUACUUCAACCACCGCGACCACCACUGUCGGAAAUGGUCUUUUUGGUUUCAGUUCUCCGGCUGCAGCUACUUCAACUACCACCACCGGAAGCGGCCUCUUUGGCGUCAGUUCUUCGGCAGCAGCUACUUCAACCACCACCGCCGCCACUGGAAGUGGUCUCUUUGGCUUCAGUUCUCCGGCAGCUGCUACAUCAACGACCACCGCCACCGGAAGUGGCCUCUUCAGCUUUGGUUCUUCCGCAGCAGCUCCUUCAACCACCAGUUCUCUGUCACAUGGGUCUUUCUUUAACGUCACUAACGGUUUUCAGGCAAGCACCCCUGCAUCUUCCACCAGUACUCUUUUUGGAUCGUCAGCUCCUGCUUUCAGUUCCACAUCAAGUUUUGGUAUCACUUCCGUGGGACCCGCUUCAGAGAUCAAAUCUGGUAAUUCAACUAGCGGGUCCACCACUUCCAUAUUCGGUUCCAGUUGGCAACAACCUCAACAGUCAUCUGGAUUCGGUUCUACAUUCACUUCUUCUCCAUCAACUUCAGUGUUCUCUUUUGGGGCAUCUUCUACACCCGCGUCUUCAUUUGGUCCAUCUGUUUUUGGAAACUCAACUCCUGUUUUUGGAGCUACACCGAAUAAUAAUAUUAAUAAUAACAAUAAUAAUGGUGAUCAGAUGAGUAUGGAGGACAGUAUGGCUGAGGAUUCGAUGCAAACUCAAAGUCCGGUAUCUCCAUUUGGUCAAGCUCCAGUGAGUACAACUACACCAGGGUUCAUGUUUGGUUCAGCCACCCCGACACCGACACCAUCGUUAACCCCCGCACCAGUUUCUUUCUCGUUUGGUGGGCAGCAGAACCAAGCACCGGCGCCUCAAAAUCCGUUCCAAUCAUCGAGCGUAGAGUUCAAUGCCGGAGGUGGGAGUUUCUCGUUGGGAUCGGGUGGUGAAAAGUCGAACAGGAGGAUAGUUCGGGUUAUGAAAAGCAAGAACAGGAAGAAAUGAGCGGCAGCAGGUGCUUUUGGUGUCGGGUAUUUGUGUUUAGAUUCUGUUGAUGUUGUCGAGUAUUGUUGUUGUUAGAAUGUUAUUAUUAGAUCACAAUUUUGGAACGAGGGUUUGAAGUUUCAAAGGCAUAUAUGUUACUGUACUAGUUGAAAUAGAGAUUUCUGGUUCAAACUGUGUUUCAUUUUUAAAAAUAAUUGUAAUAUUAAAGAUAAUGAUGAUGUAUCA